CUCACUGUGCCUUUCUCAGACAGACUCGCACAGAGCUGGACUGUAAAACCCCCCCUCGGCACAGCGCUGCGGCUCCGGCCACCAGAGAAGAUGCUUCAUCAUAACUCUUCAUGAGAUUACUGCAACGUCGGGUGGAGUUUGCAGCCCCACAGCUGAUGGGCUGCUGCUUCUGCUGCUGCUCCUCUUUCCAUCUUUAUCUGUCUCUCAAUUGGGACGCUGGGGAGAAAUAAAUAGCUCAACCCACCCUGUUGGGAGGCAAAUGAAUGGAGCUGAGUGACGGGGGAUUUCCCCAUGCUGCCUGCAUUCCCAUCUGGACACAAGUUUUGAAGUGGCCAGAUUGCAUUUGGAAGAAUAAUUUUUCUUUUUACUUUGUAAAUGAAUUUUUGCUUACUAGCUUGCAGACUGAGCUUUUUGUGGAUUUCACUGUAAACAUAUCUUGGGCUUAAGGAUGUGCUCCGUAGUCAUGCUCCAUCAGUGGAGUCUGGCUGUGUUCUUGCUGUGCUCACCAGUGACUCUUGAUGGGAGACCGGUUGCUGCACUAAGUAGCAGAACGAAGAGGUCAGUGAGCCACGCCCAGCUGAUGCAUGACAAGGGCCGCUCCUUACAGGAGUUCAAGCGCCGCAUGUGGCUGCAGGAGCUGCUGGAAGAGGUGCACACGGCCGACGAGCGAGCUCCGCCCGUGCAGAGCCGAAUCCAGAUCCAGACCUUCAGUGGGAAUGCCCUGAACGAGAAGCCCCCAGGGGCUACCAAGAACCUCCCCACCGGGUUCAGCCCGGACAUAGAGGGCCCUAACCUGCCACAGGAGACCAACAAGGCCGUGGCUUACAAGGACCAGCCACUUAAAGUGGCCACCAAGAGGAAAAAAAAGGCGAGGCUGGGCCGUCGUAGAGAGAGCGACAAGAAGCGGACGCGUGCGCGGUCUGUCACAGCCAAGGAGCCGUGAAGGACGCAGUGACCUGAUUGAGAGACUCCCAAUGGCGUUUGGAUGGAACUGCACUAAGACACGGACAUGGGUUCGGCGUGACCUGAGAGACUCUACUCAUGGCUGACUUAGUCACUUCAUAUUACGUCCUGGGUUUGAGCUUGUAUGAUAAUGUUUUGCUGAGUUUAUAUUUUUGAUCAGAACGUUUUUGCAAAUUAUCUCCACAACAUCUUUUUAGGUCCAUAUUUAUUUUGGAACACCUGUAGGCAUCUGUAAUUUUGACUUUUUAAAAAAAGCCACAUGCCGUCAUCUCUAACCAACCGAGUGCACGAGUAUUUAUUGCCUGACUAUUAUGUAACUUCAGAAAAUUGGGAGGCGAGUGGUCUACUUUUUUGUUUGGCUCCAUGUUGACUAUCGUGAACUGACAGUUACUGUACACACCAUCUGUUCACUGCAUACAUCUGUUCAAACCGUUCUACCAUAAUUUAUUUCACUUUGAAAGUGUGUAUUUAUUUUGUGAAUGUAUCAUGGUGCUGCUGACUAAAUUCCAUAAUGCACUUUAGUUAUAUCCUGUACAUGUUCUUUUGUGGUUGAGUUCUAUUUUGAUGUUUCUUUUGGAAGUUUUCUGCAUUACUUAGAUCCUCCAUGGACUUGUAACUUAUUGGAUGCUUCAUCAAGUCUACUCACCAUUUCAUAUUAUUGUUUAUUUUUAUAGAACAAGCUUAAGUCGGGGGCUGUCAGACUCAUUUAAUGUUCUUCACCAUGCACUGAGGGCAUACUGUACAUGUUUCCAGUUAAUCAAACAUUAAAAGUGUAGCUAAUAGAACAUUUU